AUGUCGUACAUGACUAACGGGUCUAUGGAAAUGUUUGCGAAUGCUGCUAGGAACAUGUCCGAUCUACACGACCGUACACCGCCUGUUUACGAAAGUUCCAAAUCGUGCUACCAGAACGAAUCGUGCCAUCAGUACGAGCCAUUUUACCUACGAGCGCGGUUCAUCACUGGGUUGGUUUUCUACCCGAUCAUCUGCGUAUUUGGAAUAACCGGCAACAUCAUGUCCAUCAUCGUGAUGUCCCAGCGUCAAAUGCGUUCUUCAACAAACACAUACCUAUUGGCCUUGGCAAUCUCGGAUUUGAUCAAGUUAUUGUGUGACUUCCUAUACUUCAUGGUUGUUCUGUUGUUCCAGAUAGAUACGCCAACCGCAAAUAAAGCCUACGGGUUUCUCUACCCUUACGCUCAUUACGUGUUCAACGCCUCUCUGUGCAUAUCAGCUUGGUUAAUCGUAUCGGUUGCAGUAGAACGAUAUGUUUAUAUUUGUCAUCCAACAAAAGUAAAAUUCUUCUGCAAUAUACAUAAAGCCAGAAUCGUGUCAACGACCGUUUUUGUAAUUAUGGCAAUGUUAGCGGUACCGUAUGCAAUGAGAUACAGGACAGAACAUCGGCUGAAUAACGUAACAGGAACAUAUCAGUAUGAGGUUGUAGUCACAGAAUUGUGGAAAAAUCAAAUAUUUACUGACAUAUACACGUGGUUUCAGAAUCUUAUGCGCUCAAUCAUACCUUUGGUGAUUCUGAUAAUCCUUAACACGUGUAUUUUGAACGGGUUACGCCGAUGCCGUAUUUUCCAAAGAAAACCUCCGAAGAAACAUAAAAUUACCUCAAUGCUGGUGGUCGUUAUACUCGUGUUUCUGCUUUGCAUCACGCCGGAUACAAUUAUGUCAACAGUUUUCGGCCUGGGCUAUUUGGAAGAAAACUUUCUCGCGAGAGGAAUUCGUGAAAUUACUGACCUUUUAUUAUUGAUCAAUGCGGCUGUAAACUUUGUGAUCUACUGCAUAUUUAACACUAUUUUCUGGUGUCAGUUCAAGCGAUUAUUUUGUUAUACGUGCUGUCGACGACAGAGAGAGGAUUUGGAUGUGAGAAAUAUGUCUAUGAUGGACAUUGGCUCGGCGCGGUAUGCACAGGCGAGCACUGCACUGUAA